AUGAAACAGCAUGAGCACGAGAGAUUUGAGGAAUUCGUAUUCCGGUUGCAAGAGCAGACUAAUCGUUGUGCUUUCAUUGGUACUGACGAUGCCUUGUUGGACCAAAUCAUUGAGGGAUGUAGAUCUUCCGAGCUGCGAAAAAAACUCUUAACGAAUGAUGUGACACUCAACGAUGCAAUUUCAUUCGGAAAAAUACUUGAGGAGGUUCAAAAGCAAACGAAAAAAUACGAAAAACCAUCGCCUUCCAUGAUAAUUCAACAGAUUUCAAAGAGGAGUUCCGAACAAGUUAGCUCGAGGAAAUGUUACAACUGUAACAAGCCAGGUCACAUAGCAAAGGAGGUCGAAAAAUGCCCAGCGCGAUAUGUUUCUUGUUACAACUGCGAAUCGACAGGACAUUUCAAAGUAUGUUGUCGAAAGAGGAAACAGAACGAUUUCGAUAAACGUAAAGGAUCUGCGGCCAAACGGGUAAACUUGAUCCAGAACGAUACGGUUGAUACUGAUAAAGCAAUAUUCUUCGUAAAUAGCGAGUUCGAACUUAAUGAAGUGCUUCGAUUAGAGGUAGGUGGUGUACCUAUGAAAAUGCUUAUCGAUUCUGGAUCGCCAGCCAAUAUUGUUGAUGGGAAAACAUUCGAUUUAAUUAGAAAUAAAAAUGCGAGAAUUCUUAAUGAAAGGUACCCACAACAAGACGAGUUGAAAUUCAAAUCGUUUGCCUCCGACAAAAAUAUAUACUUCAGUCGUGCUUUUGAGGCUGAAAUUAGGAUUCCAGGGGAAGAAUCUGGAGUUUGGGCCCAUGUAUUAGUAGCUCCACAAGGGCAAACGAUCUUGCUGAGCAAAAGUACGGCUUUCGCUCUAGGGGUUCUCAAAAUAGGUUACCACGUAAAUCAUAUUUCCACUGACGAUCUGAACAGUGAAGUACAGGAAUUCCCUAAAGUCCCUAACGUGCUGUUGAAAAUACAAGUUGAUGACAACGUUCGACCUGUUGCCCAAGCGGCCAGAAGAUUUCCGAUUGCGAUGGAAGCUGAUGUGGAAAAAGCGAUCCAAGAUCUAUUGGAUAAGAAUAUUAUAGAGCGGGCGGAGGGUCCACUAUCUUGGGUUUCUCCACUUGUACCGGUGAGAAAAGCUGAUGGUCGAAUUCGUUUAUGCGUAGAUAUGUGA